AAACCCUAAAUUCACUUCAAUUAUCUAUCCCGAAAUCCUUCAAUUUUCUCAGAUUUCACUAUCUUGAACCCAUGUGAGCCCUAAUUUUCGUUGCUCUUCAACUAGGUUCUUCGAAAUUUUGAUUUGCCACAUGAAACCCUAGAUCUUCGUUUUCCCCACUGAUGCGCUGGUUUGGCGCAUGACUCGGUUAACAUUGCAAUUUUUUUUGGAUUUUGAAUUGCGUGUUGAUUAAUGGAUAGUAAUAAGGACGAAGCAUUGAGAUGCGUUCGUAUUGCCGAGGAAGCAAUUGUUUCUGGAAACAAGCAGCGCGCGCUUAAAUUCAUUGGAAUUGCGCAGAGGCUCAACCAUAAUCUUUCGGUCGGUGAUCUUUUGGCUGCAUGUGAGAGGCUUGAUGCGGCUGCGGCGCCCCCGCCACCGGCUGUGGAUGGGAAUGGUGUUGAUCAGAAUAGGAAUGAGUCUGUUCGGAGUAAGGUUGGCGAGGUUUCGAAUGGGGAGCGGAAUUAUACAGAGGAACAUGUGGAAUUGAUAAGGAAGAUUAGGAGGAAUAAGGACUAUUAUGGGAUUCUUGGUGUAGAGAAGAGUUGUUCGGUGGAGGAGAUUAGAAAGGCUUAUAGGAAAUUGUCGUUAAAAGUUCAUCCUGAUAAGAACAAGGCCCCAGGUUCUGAAGAAGCUUUUAAGAAAGUGUGCAAGGCUUUCAAGUGCUUGAGUGAAGAGGAAUCAAGGAGGCAGUAUGAUCAAACGGGUCUGGUUGAAGAAUUUGAGUACAAUCAGCAGCACAAUGUUAGGCGGCGGAGGAGGAGGACUGGGCAUGACUUCUUUGAUGAUGAUUUUGAUCCUGAUGAGAUAUUCAGGUCAUUCUUUGGUCAGACAGAGAUGUUCCGCGCAAACUAUGUUUAUAGGACUAGAGACAUGGGUGGCCAACAGAGAGAGAAUUUUCAUGGUGGUGGACCUAAUAUUAUGGUUCUUCUUCAGAUAUUGCCCUUCUUGUUAAUUUUCCUGCUAGCUUAUCUGCCCUUUUCAGAGCCAGAGUAUUCCUUGCAGAGGAACUAUACUUACCAGUUUUCCCAGACAACUGAGAAGCAUGGAGUGGAAUUCUAUGUUAAAUCUGCAGAAUUUGACGAGAAGUAUCCGCUAGGUAGUGUUGAUCGAGCUAAAAUUGAGGGCAAUGUAAUAAGAGAUUACAAGCACAUGCUUGGGCGCUAUUGUCAUAUAGAACUCCAGAGGCGUCAGUGGAAUAGAAAUUUACCAAUUCCACACUGUGAUAAGUUGCAGAACCUUGGAAUAGCAUGAAGUGAAAGGGAAGGUGAAUAAAAAGAAUAAAUCAAAAUGAUACUUUCUUGUUGACGGAUGUGAACGGUGGAGGUAGUUGGAUAUACCUGUUUGGAAAUCCAGGUUCAAGUGGGCUCAACCUGACCUAACCCUAAGUCAUGUAUCACGAAUCCCCUCCGGCAAGCUGAACACCAUCACCCAAGAGGUCACCACCUGGUCAAUUGCACUCAGCCUUGAGCCCCAUGGACAUGCGAACCAAAGGAAGGCGAGUUUGAUCUAUCCACGUUCAUUGAGCCCGAAUAUAAGUCUUCAGGGCCUUAAUGGAUUUCGCGUAUCAAUAGACAAUCACCACACGGGUUUUGCCCGAUAAUACCCCAGGAAGGCGUCUCUGGCUAUAAAUUGAAUGGUAAUAAGCUUCCGGUGGGCAAAGUAUUGUAAUGUAGCAAGCGAGUCUGUCAUCUUAGCUUA